CUGACUCCGCUUCACACCAUCAAGCGUGAGCGGACAUGUGAUACUGACUGGUACACACGCACACACACAAAUACCAGGUUCAGCAAGCCGCCGUUUUCGUCCUCCACAACAAGCCGAUGGAGAGGUCGGUCCCUCCAAGUGGCUUUGGCAAGCACUCAAGCACAGCAAAAAGACAAAGAUGGCAAGGUUUGAGGCGGCAGUGGGAGCUUCUGGGCUUAUUUGAGAUCACUCAGCAACACGAGUUCUACAGCCUGACUCGCAUGAUAAAGGAAGGAUUGUCAACAUCAAUCCAAACCACGAGUGAGCAUGCGCCCGCGAAUCAACUGUCAGAAGAAGAUUUCAUUUCAAAGGUCACUCAGAUUCAUCAGGGUUUUGCUUUAGAAACAUUUGCAGGCCCAGUGUUUGCCAAGCUACGUGGCUCUUUGGGUGUGACAGAACAGGAGUAUCAGCAGUCACUCUGCUCUGACAAGUGCUACCUUCAGUUCAUCAGCAACUCCAAAAGCAAGGCUGACUUCUUCCUCACCAAUGAUAAGCGCUUCUUUCUGAAGACCCAGAAUGAGAGGGAGAUCCGAUUCUUUCUCGACAACCUGAAGAUCUACAUGGAACAUAUGAGGACGUAUCCCCAUUCACUGCUGGUGAAGUUGCUCGGUGUUCACGGGAUCAAAAUUCCAUACAGGCGAAAGAAAUACUUCCUUGUUAUGCAAAGUGUGUUUUAUCCAGAUGAUAGAAUCAGUGCCAGGUACGAUAUUAAAGGUUGUGAAGUGAGUCGCUGGACAAACCCUGUGCCUGAGGGAUGCCAGAUUAUUGUGGUUCUCAAAGACCUCAACUUUGAAGGCCAGUACAUCACUCUCGGCCAGCAGUGUUCCUGGCUCUUGCGGCAGUUGGAGAUCGAUACGGACUUUCUCCGAAGCCUCAAUGUGUUGGAUUACAGUCUUCUCCUCGCCCAUCAGCCUUUACAGCAAGAUGAGCGUCACCAUGCGCUCUCUUUUGCUUCACUUAUCAAGAGAACUAAACGAUCUGUGAAUCCAAGCACCAGCCCGAGCCAUCAUAUCCCAUCUGUACCCGGAACCGUGCCGGAAGAAAACGACACUUUCAUUUCAUCUGAAAGGGAUGGUGCGCAUGUGGAGCGCGGGCAAGCACGAGAUGGAUUGCAUGGAGCAACACAUCACCAGCGCCAAGCUGGCAGUGAAGCAGGAGGACUUCAAGACCUCAGGGUCCAAAACAGACGUUUAUUGCUCAACUUAAAAAAUGCACAGCACAUCAUCGAUGGCCCUGACCAACGCUACUUCAUUGGCAUCAUCGACAUUUUUACCGUUUACACUUUCAAGAAGAGACUGGAGCAUUGGUGGAAGCGGCUAAGACAUCCCGGCCGAACGUUCUCCACUGUCAGUCCACAGGCGUACUGCGCCAGGCUGUGUCAGUGGGUGCAGGACCAUACCAAGUAGUACCCGCUCGCGUGUUCUCAUGUGUUCACAUGAACCACUUUAUGUUCUGUUGCUUAAAGUGCUCAUGACACCAAAACACAUGUUCAUCUUGUUCGUUUCAACCUGAAAAAUAACACUGAAAGGCACGUCUCCUGUGUUUGAUGUGUGCUCCAAUGUUUUCUACACAGUAGGGCGGGUCUUCGACGAAGGACUUUCAGAAUUUCAAUUUGAUUGUCGACUAAUAGUCAAAUGGUUUUUUUCAUAAUUUUUUAAGAGCAGAGCUAAUGGCGAUCCUGACAAACAGAUCUCAUUUGCGGCUUUUUCCACCUCAAGCAAACAGGCUCCACCCCUCAGGUAAACAAGUGCAACAACACUACCUUCAUUGAUUUAGUGACACAGAAAGCAAGAUGAACAAAACCGGAACAGGGUUGCUGUCAGCCCACAUCAGAAAAGUGCACAUAAAAUAGGAAGAAAAUGGGUUGAAAACCAACAAUUUGCCAAUACUCUCAGUUAGCAGCCUCAUUUUUUGCAUUAAAAUUCACAGAAGUUGGCGUAAGAGCCUUUCCUGCUUUAAAUGAUACACCGUGUUGGUUGUUGUCGUGUCAUAUGGUGCCAUGCGGACACAAGUUGCACUUUAUUUUCUACCUUAAACCUUUUCAAAAAUAAUCAGCUAAUCAAAAGUUUAAGACCACACCUAAAAAAAAUAUAUUUUUAAUCCCCCCUAAAAUAGAAAUAAAAUCUUCAACAAAGGACUCAGUGAUGAGUAGCUGCAUCAUUCUUGUUAAUCACCUACAGUAGUUCAUUGGUUUGGGAGUGCUUGAUGCCAGUGUUUCCAGGAGGCUAGUGGGAAUGUUGCUCCAGGUGGUGAAGAUGGCUUCACGGAGGGCGUCCACUGUCUGGAACUGAUGUCCAUUUUUAUAAAUUUCCCUUGCCCUCCAUCCUCAAUUGGAUUUAGAUGAGGGGAACAUGCAGGAUGGUCCAAAAGAGUGAUGUUAUUCCUCUAGAAGAAGUCCUUUGUUAGAUGGGCAUUGUGAACUGCUGCGUUGUCCUGUUGAAAAAGCCAGUCAUUACCACACAGACGAGGGCCUUCAGUCAUUCGGGAUGCCCCCCUGCAACCUCUCCACAUAGCCAGUUGCCGUUUGACGCCCCUGCACCACCUGAAGCUCCAUUGAAGGAAAAAGCAGCCCACAUCACGAUGGCGCCCCCUCCACUGUGCCGUGCGGAAAACAUCUCAGGUGGGAUCUCCUUGUCAUGCCAGUCAUGUUGGAAGCCAUCGGGACCAUCAAAGUUACUUUUUUCCUCAUCACAGAAUAAAACUUUCUUCCACCUUUCAAUGUCCCACGUUUGGUGCUCUCGUGCAAAUUCCAAAUGGGCAAUUUUGUUCUUUCGCAGAUGCCAUUGGAUGGCUGUUGGACUGCACUCGGCACCAGUAACUGAGCCAAUUGAGAGACUGGUUUAUCAUUUGGAAUCAAAGGAAGUAUUAAAAAGUUACCAAAGUGGAUUUUGGAAAGGAAGAAAUCAAUCAAUAAGAGUCAUAAAUCCAUAGAUUUAAUUGAUUGGAAGGACAUGCACCGGGUAUCACAAGACUAGCAACUGGUUGAAAGCGCGUCUCUAACGCCAGAGCCUGGGCUGCCACGGAAACCAUUGUUGAGCAUGCCAGCAAGACAGGAAUGGAUCAAAAUAGCAUUAUCAGUGCACUAGCUAGUUAUUGGCAAAGAUUUUCAACACAUCAAUAAAACAUACAUACAUUAUAGCGAUGUAACUGAUCUUAUUUAUUACCGUAUGUUUUGUGUCAAACUAUUGCAGGAACAACAUCAAAUUAAAAGCACUAAAUGAAUACAGAGCCACCAUCCACCAACAGGAGGCUGGAGUUUGUUUUUCAGAGAGGUGCGCCACACAAAUAUACACAUCAGCGCUCACCAAAACUUCCAUCAAUGACGUUAAACUCGGCUCACGUGACCGACCACACAAGCACUUCGGGGAGAACACCAAACUAAAUGCAUGGCAGCAUUUGGAACUAAAUAUGAGGUGAAAAAAAGGGGGGGGAUAUAUACAGCAUUCCCUCGCUACAUCAUGGUUCACUUUUCAUGGAUUCGCUGUUUUGCCGAUUUUUAAGUGCAAUUUUGCAUUUUUAACAGUGAAUUAGAGCGAUCUAUCACUUCUAUGUUGUGUCUGUUAUUGUAUUUAGAACUGCUACCACUAGAGGGUGUAGUACACUCAUGUUGAAGACGUGUGCAGCUCCACCUGUCACAGUGUUUUUACGUGCUUGUACCAGCACAUUAGGAACCCACAGUAGACAGUACCCGGCUAAAUAUAGAGCCACAACAGCCCUUAUUGGCGAAGGGACACCCGUUCAUUGUGUUCUGCGUGAUUGGCUGUAGGCCAUUGUCAAUCAAUCUCCUUUGGCUACCUAACUGCAUGAGCUGCUUGCUAUAAUUGCCAAUAAACAAUACAAGGAGAACAAGAAGAAACUAACUAAAUGAAUUUUUAGUUAGGCGCUAGGAGGAAGCAUGGUCACGUGUGAGUCACGUAAUCAUUUCUUGUGUCCUACCUAGUGGAUUGAUCAUUAAAAUUCCAACGAAAUUUGAACUUUGAGAGUGUUUAAAAUGUGAGAAAAUGUUAAUGCCUGUGUGUAAAGAAAAGAGUAUAAAGUGUAUUGUGAGGGGUUUUACAGCCUUAAAACACAUAUAAUAACUGUAAACAAAUAAAGUUGGCUACUUUGCAGAUUUCACUUAUUUCACUUAUCCGUGCAGCGUGGGAGAAAGUUAGUUGGUGCGUUCAAGGGCAGUUCACGUGGGGCA